AUGUCCGAGCAUAUUUAUUUCCGAAACAAAGAAUGGUGCGACAUGUCUGUAGACGAAGAAGACGAUGACACUAACCUGAAUCUUUUCAGGGACUGCCUGUUCUCGACUAUCUUGGAGAAAUCAAAUCCGCGUCAGCAGAAGCAGAAGAAGACACGAGUAAGGACUUCUGCUGGGUCGAACUCUAGCAUCGAAAGCUCGAAAGAUGUUACCACUACAACCGAUCCUGCUCAGCUCGUGGACUUUUCAGAUUACCUAGCGAGCGAGAUCUUCCCAAGUCUACCGAGAGACUUGCAAAGGAUCUCACAUCGAGCCCUCCAAGAAAAUGCCGCCUUGUCUGAGAAGUGGUCUUUGCCCCUUUCUCUGAGCACGUAUGAGGAAAUCAUUGAGCUUGUACCCCCAUCUGUCAACGAUAGUCUCGAGGCAUAUGAGCUGGUCAAACCACCUCAAACUGACUUACAGUCGUUCUUGUCACCUGCAAUCGUGGCUUAUCUGACAGCGGCCGCAGCUGCUCCGCCAAAAUGGGCCGAGACGAAAGUGACAGCAUGUGAGAUAUGUGAUCGUGACUGGGUACCUAUGACUUAUCACCAUCUCAUUCCGAAAGCUGUGCAUGCAAAGGUACAGAAACGUGGCUGGCAUGAAGAGUCACAAUUGAACAGUGUGGCUUGGCUUUGCCGAGCAUGUCACACUUUUGUGCAUCGCAUGGCGUCUAACGAAGAGCUUGCGAAAGAGUGGUUCACUGUCGAGAGAAUCUGUGAAAGGGACGAUGUACAAAAAUGGGCAAACUGGGUGCGGAAAGUGCGAUGGAAGAAGAAUUGA